AUGUCAACAGACGAUCUCAAGGCGCAUGCCGCCUCGAAUCAGGAUUUCUACGGGCUCCUGGAUAUUUCGCCCGCAGCCAACGAAUCAGAGAUUCGACGAGCGUACCGGAAAACGGCGUUAAAAUACCACCCGGACAAGAUCGCCAACCCAACCCCCGCCGAUAUCGACAAAUUCCACGUUCUCCAGAUUGCCUACGAUGUCCUCUCCGAUGCCUCCGUCCGUCAACUAUAUGACAAUGCGCGGGAAGCGCGCAUGCGCAAGCAGCGCGAGCGCGACAUGAUGGACGCUGCGAAGCGCAAAAUGCGCGAGGACCUCGAGGCACGUGAGCGUGCUGGUGCGGCCGCUAGAGGCGGGGUUCAACAGGGUGUGAAACGGCCUUGGAUGCCAGGGAGUGAGGAAGAUACGGAGGAGAAGCUCCAGCGGGAGAUUGAGCGGAUCGCUGAGGCCGGGCGACAACGCCGAAAAGACAUGGCAGACAGAGCGAAGCGUGAAGUGGAGGAAGCAGAACGGCAGAAACAACAAGCUGAGGAGGAAGCACUCAAAUCCACGCACCGGGCUAGCCAGCGAGUCGAUUUAUCUCAGGAAGGCGGGACCAAUGUUCCAGAGCUCGAUCGCUCGGUGCGGGUGCGCUGGGUACGGGCAGGCCGAGAAGAAGAGCUUGGUAAAGAUUGGCUAGAAGGUCUUUUCGCCCAAUUUGGGCCGAUCGAGGCCACAUUCAUGAUGAAGGACAAGCGUGCCCGGGUGGAGGGACAGAGCCGGAAAAUCACUCUUGCCACGGGAGUCGUCGUGUUCAAGUCAAUUGUGAAUGCACAUGCUGCAGUUUCCGAUAGCAAGAUGAAAAUGGCCGAAACUGCUGGGGAAUGGAUGCGCAUUAACUCUGUCGAAUGGGCCUCCGGUAAGCCCCUGAAUCUGCAGUCGAACAACGUGAGCACUCCCCCUACGGAGAGCUCUGCGUCGUCCAAAGAAUCCAAAGAACCCAGGCCCACGCAGCCUGCGUCAUCUCAGGUGGAUAAGAAGCCGGCUUUCAGCUUCCCGGGGCUACACUCAGCGCCGACAACUGGGAAGACACCAUCUUUCGGCUCUUUCUCUACCGGUCCCAAGGCUUCGUCUGAUUCGUCGGGAAAGACUUCGGGUGGCCCAACCUACCAAGAAAUGCUCAUGAUGAGAUUGAAAAAUGCGCAACGUGAGAAGGAAGAACGCAAAGCUCUUGAAGAGCAACUGGCACGUGAAGAUGCGGCCGCAGAUGCCGCUGAAAUGAGGACUAAUGAUUCCUGA